AUGGAACAGCUUCCCGCGUCUAUCUGGAGAUACCCGCGACUGAUUACUACUCCACAAUUCCAAGAACUUUUCUCCAAAACCGUUUGGAGGGAGGGGAUCACAAUAGUCCUUACUUUACUGAGGAGUUCGAGGGAGGGGGAUCACAAUAGUCCUUACUUUAUUGAGGAGUUGGAGGGAGGGGAUCACAAUAGUCCUUACUUUAUUGAGGAGUUGGAGGGAGGGGAUCACAAUAGUCCUUACUUUACUGAGGAGUUCGAGGGAGGGGAUCACAAUAGUCCUUACUUUACUGAGGAGUUCGAGGGAGGGGAUCACAAUAGUCCUUACUUUAUUGAGGAGUUCGAGGGAGGGGAUCACAAUAGUCCUUACUUUACUGAGGAGUUGGAGGGAGGGGAUGACAAUAGUCCUUACUUUAUUGAGGAGUUCGAGGGAGGGGAUCACAAUAGUCCUUACUCUACUGAGGAGUUCGAGGGAGGGGAUCACAAUAGUCCUUACUUUACUGAGGAGUUCGAGGGAGGGGAUCACAAUAGUCCUAACUUUAUUGAGGAGUUCGAGGGAGGGGAUCACAAUAUUCCUUACUUUACUGAGGAGUUGGAGGGAGGGGAUCACAAUAGUCCUUACUUUACUGAGGAGUUGGAGGGAGGGGAUCACAAUAGUCCUUACUUUACUGAGGAGUUGGAGGGAGGGGAUCACAAUAGUCCUUACUUUAUUGAGGAGUUGGAGGGAGGGGAUCACAAUAGUCCUUACUUUAUUGAGGAGUUGGAGGGAGGGGAUCACAAUAGUCCUUACUUUAUUGAGGAGUUCGAGGGAGGGGAUCACAAUAGUCCUUACUUUAUUGAGGAGUUCGAGGGAGGGGAUCACAAUAGUCCUUACUUUACUGAGGAGUUAGAGGGAGGGGAUCACAAUAGUCCUUACUUUAUUGAGGAGUUCGAGGGAGGGGAUCACAAUAGUCCUUACUUUACUGAGGAGUUGGAGGGAGGGGAUCACAAUAGUCCUUACUUUAUUGAGGAGUUAGAGGGAGGGGAUCACAAUAGUCCUUACUUUAUUGAGGAGUUGGAGGGAGGGGAUCACAAUAGUCCUUACUUUACUGAGGAGUUGGACGGAGGGGAUCACAAUAGUCCUUACUUUAUUGAGGAGUUGGAGGGAGGGGAUCACAAUAGUCCUUACUUUAUUGAGGAGUUGGAGGGAGGGGAUCACAAUAGUCCUUACUUUACUGAGGAGUUGGAGGGAGGGGAUCACAAUAGUCCUUACUUUAUUGAGGAGUUCGAGGGAGGGGAUCACAAUAGUCCUUACUUUAUUGAGGAGUUGGAGGGAGGGGAUCACAAUAGUCCUUACUUUACUGAGGAGUUGGACGGAGGGGAUCACAAUAGUCCUUACUUUAUUGAGGGAGUUCGAGGGAGGGGAUCACAAUAG